AUGUCAGUGUUCUACUACGAGCCAUUCUACGACUUCGACCGCUUCUUCGACAAUGUCCUUUCCCCGCGCACAGUCCGCAAUUUCGGCGGUGACCAACAGGUCCAAAGGCGCGUCCAAAGCGACGCUACCCCUGAGGGAGCCGUUCGGGAUUUGAAGCCAAGGAUGGAUUUACACGAAGACAAAGAGAAAAAUGUCGUAACCGCAUCAUUCGAGUUUCCAGGCUCGAAGAAGGAGGAUGUCCAGCUCGAGAUUCAGAACGGUCGUUUGACUGUGUCGGUUGAGAACAAAAUCUCGGAGGAGUACAACGAGGAUGGUUAUGCGGUGCGCGAGCGCCGUUUUGGAAAGUUUUCAAGGACGCUUCAGCUGCCACAGGGAGUCAAGGAUGACGAGAUCAAGGCCUCUAUGGAGAAUGGUCUUUUGACUAUCACGUUCCCGAAGUCAGCUUCUGAGCUUACCCCGAAGAAGAUCACUGUUUCGUGA